GCAAGAGGACUGGCUUAAGGAGCUGUCCUGGGGGAAGGACGGGGGCAGGCAGGCCACGGCCUGGCCAGGGAGGGUGCAUGGAGCCGUCUGGGUCCCAGCGGCAUGGAGGCGAACAAAGCUGGUGGGGCAGUGCCCCCCAGUACCAGUAUAUGCCCUUUGAGCACUGCACCAGCUACGGACUGCCCUCCGAGAAUGGAGGCCUCCAGCACAGGCUCUGGAAGGAUGCAGGCCUCCGUCCCAACGCCCACCCCACACAGAUUUAUGGCCAUCACAAAGAGCACUUCUCCGACAAGGGGCAGGACGUGAGGAUGACCAAGAUGACAGGCUCCAGUGCCACCCUGGACAGCAAGGAUGAGGACCACUAUUCUAAAUGUCAAGAUUGUAUCCACUGUCUGGGACGUGUAGUGAGGAGAAAAUUAGGGGAAGACUGGAUCUUCCUGGUGCUUCUGGGACUUCUUAUGGCCCUGGUUAGCUGGAGCAUGGAUUAUGUCAGCGCCAAAAGCCUUCAGGCCUACAAGUGGACCUAUUACCAGAUGCAGCCCAGCCUGCCUCUGCAGUUCCUGGCCUGGGUCACCUUCCCACUCAUUCUCAUCCUCUUCAGCGCCCUCUUCUGCCAGCUCAUCUCUCCCCAGGCCGUUGGUUCUGGAAUCCCUGAAAUGAAGACAAUACUUCGUGGGGUUGUCCUGAAGGAAUAUCUCACCCUCAAGGCCUUCGUGGCCAAGGUGGUGGCCCUGACUGCAGGGCUGGGCAGCGGCAUUCCCGUGGGGAAGGAGGGCCCUUUUGUCCACAUUGCCAGCAUCUGUGCUGCCGUCCUCAGCAGGUUCAUGGCAGUGUUCUGUGGGGUGUACGAGCAGCCAUACUAUUACACUGACACACUGACCGUGGGCUGUGCCGUAGGAGUCGGCUGUUGUUUUGGGACACCUCUUGGAGGUGUGCUAUUUAGCAUCGAGGUCACCUCUACCUACUUCGCUGUGCGGAAUUACUGGCGAGGAUUCUUCGCAGCCACGUUCAGUGCCUUUGUUUUCCGCGUGCUAGCCGUGUGGAACAAGGAUGCUGUCACGAUCACUGCUCUCUUCAGAACCAAUUUCCGAAUGGAUUUCCCCUUUGACCUUCAGGAACUCCCAGCCUUUGCCAUCAUUGGGAUUUGCUGUGGGUUCCUGGGAGCUGUGUUUGUCUAUCUGCAUCGCCAGGUCAUGCUUGGUGUCCGAAAGCACAAGGCCCUCAGCCAAUUUCUUGCUAAGCACCGCCUGCUGUAUCCUGGCAUUGUCACCUUUGUCAUCGCCUCACUCACCUUUCCACCAGGAAUGGGUCAAUUCAUGGCCGGAGAGCUAAUGCCUCGUGAAGCCAUCAGCACCCUCUUUGACAACAAUACAUGGGUAAAACAUGUAGGUGACCCUGAAAGCCUGGGCCAGUCGGCCGUGUGGAUGCACCCACAGGUCAAUGUUGUCAUCAUCAUCCUUCUCUUCUUCAUCAUGAAGUUCUGGAUGUCCAUCGUGGCCACCACGAUGCCCAUACCCUGUGGAGGCUUCAUGCCUGUGUUUGUGCUGGGAGCUGCAUUUGGAAGGCUCGUAGGAGAGGUUAUGGCCUUGCUCUUCCCUGAUGGCAUCUUAUUUGAUGACAUCAUCUACAAGAUCCUACCUGGGGGAUACGCAGUAAUUGGAGCAGCAGCGCUGACUGGUGCAGUGUCCCACACAGUCUCCACAGCUGUGAUUUGCUUCGAAUUAACUGGUCAGAUUGCUCACAUCCUACCCAUGAUGGUGGCUGUUAUCUUGGCCAACAUGGUGGCUCAGAGCCUGCAGCCCUCCCUCUAUGACAGCAUCAUCCAGGUCAAGAAGCUCCCCUACUUGCCUGACCUUGGCUGGAACCAGCUCAGCAAAUUUACAAUCUUUGUUGAGGACAUCAUGGUACGUGAUGUGAAGUUUGUUUCAGCCUCUUGCACCUAUGGGGAGUUACGAACCCUACUUCAGACCACCACAGUCAAGACUUUACCACUGGUUGAUUCAAAAGAGUCAAUGAUCCUGCUGGGCUCUGUGGAGCGGUCAGAGCUGCAGGCCCUCCUGCAGCGCCACCUGUGUCCUGAGCGGAGGCUGCAGGCAGCCCAGGACCUGGCGAGGAAACUGUCCGAGCUGCCUUUCGACGGGAAGGCUCGGCACGCUGGCAAGGGGUGCCACGGCGUCUCACCCCAGGGCCGACGGGAGUCCUUUGCCUUUGUGGAUGAGGACGAAGAUGAGGAGCUUUCUGGGAAGCCUGAGCUGCCUCCUCCUCCUCGCCCCAUUCCUACUGCUCCACUGCCCCCCGAAGAGCCCAAUGGGCCCCUGCCUGGCCACAGACAGCAGCCAGAAGCACCAGGGCCUGCGGGUCACAGACCCCCCAUCUUUCGGUCCCUGCUGCGCAGCUUGCUGGGCAGAGCUCACCCCAUGAAGAAAACGACCCAGGAUUCAGUGGAUUUAGUGGAUAACAUGACGCGUGAAGAGAUUGAGGCCUGGGAGCAGGAGCAGCUGAGCCAGCCUGUCUGUUUUGACUGCUGUUGUAUCGACCAGUCCCCGUUCCAGCUGGUGGAGCAGACAUCCCUGCACAAGACACACACGCUGUUCUCGCUCCUGGGCCUCCAUCUUGCUUACGUGACCAGUAUGGGGAAACUCAGGGGCGUGCUGGCAUUGGAGGAGCUGCAGAAGGCCAUUGAGGGCCACACCAAGUCUGGGGUGCAGCUUCGCCCCCCCCUUGCCAGCUUCCGGAAUACAACUUCAACUCCCAAGAACCCUGGGGGUGUGCCGCCUCCUGUAGAGACCUGGAGCCUGCCUGAGGGUGGGCCCGAGGCUCCUGCAUCCCCGGAACCCCCAGUGCCAUCCCCCUCCCCAGAGCCCCCGAGCUCCCUGGCACCAGCCCAGAUGGACAGUGAGCUGGAAGAGCUGGAGCUGGUGGAGAGCCCGGGGCUGGAGGGGGAGCUGGCUGACAUCUUGCAGGGCCCCAGUGUGCGGUCCACCGACGAGGAGGAUGAGGAUGAGCUGGUCCUGUGACCACUUCUGAACCUCCUCUUCAAGAUGGCUGAGAGGCUGGGCCAGAGUGCCGGGGUGAGGGGAGAGGACAUGUCCUCAGGGUGGGGAGAUCACACCUGGGAAUUUGUAAAUGUGAGAGUGGUCAUCUUAGAGGAGGAGUCCGAACUGGGGCAGAGAGUGGCCUCGGUCAGUCAUUCAGACCAUGUGCCCCGCCACCCCUUGACAGGAAGGUGCCUCUAACCAGUGAAGGGCUUUGGAAUUCCAAGUUCCCCUGCUGCAGGGGUGGGAUCCCCUGCCUCUCUGUCUCCCCUUCCGCCUCCAGUCUCCCUGUUCUUGUCCCAGCACCUUCCUGGCCUCGCCCACCUGUCCAUCAUUUUCCAGCAGGAGUCAGGGGAGCAGUGAAGGGAAGCCCAGAAUGACUCUCACUGUGGUGAUGAGGCCACCUCAUGGUGGCCUCACUGACAGGCCCCAGAAUGCACCCACAACCUGUCUACACCCCUUCUUUCAGAGCACCCCUGCCCUGUCCUCCCACCUGCCCACAUCCAUCCCCAUGAUUGGCUUCCAGGCUCCACCCUGGCUCCCACCAUCUGUUCCUAGGCAAGGGGGUUGGUGUCAGGACGGGAGACCUCUUUGAUGCUUCCAUACUUGGGCAGUCACAUCCCUGUCACCCCAAGUCAGCAAAAGGGCGGCGACGUUAGCCUACCUUUCCUGCUAGGCAAUCCCAGUUGCUCUGAGCACCUAGAAGCCCUUG